AUUAUCCACAUGCACUCUGAUUCAUACAUUGUGUUUUAUCCUGAUAUCUAACACCUGGGAUUGAAGGAGGCUGCACACAGGGCUGGAAGGAGGUAAACUUGCACCUUGAAGAGAAGACUUUCAACAUUUUAAUAACAACAAAAUUGUCACCAAAACCUGAGCAACAUCUCAGGUGGGUGAGCCACAUGGUGCUGUAUAGCACUUCUAUUUUUGGAUUUGGAAGGGGCUUCUUUUCAUUCUUGCAUGUACUUUGUCCUCAGGGAUUACAACACAGAACCUCCCAUGGUUAUACACAUGAAUAGAUAAACAUGCUUCCUAAGAGACUACCAUAUUAUUUAAGCACAUUUCUCAGAAUAGUUCCAGAGCGAUUGAUAAAAUGUGGUUAAAACAUGAAAAUACAAGCUCGGGGGAAACACUGUAAGAAAUGUAAUAGCUCUAUAAACACGAUGCUCUUACAUGCAGCAGACUGUUUUUUAUCAUGUUAUGUAAUCUGUGUCCAUGGGGUAAUAUGCUAUCUCUUAUUUUAGUACAAAAGGUUAAUUCCUGUGCCAGCAACAGCCACCUCAUGUCUAGUUAUGCUUUAUUUGGAUGGAUUAAAUCCCUUUAUAGCCCUUUAUUUGUUUCCAGUCAGACUGUUCACAGCCUGUUUUAUGUGUGGGUUAGUGAGGGCUAACUUGGCUGCAGCGUUACUGUCGGAUGAAUGAACAGUCCGCUCGCAGCUCACAGCUGGCGCACCAGCAGAGCCGGUCUUUACGCGCACGGCAUCAUUGGCUGAGAAACCAUGCGUGUCACAGAGGAGAAGACGAACCGGUGAGCGGCUCGAAAACGAACCAGUUAACUAGUUUCCCUGCGUCGGCCACUCGGUCAGUCUGUGGGUCCACUCUCAGCCGCAGCAGUUUUGUCGAUCGGAGGGAAGCUGACUUGACUUUUUUCUGUCCUCACCGGAGCUGUCCAGGGUGCUGAAACAUGAACCAGAGCGCAGGAGCAGCGCAGCACACGCGGAGGUACUCGGCUGAAGGGAAGGACGUAGGGCCUAUCGGACCGGACAGGAACUGGAAGGGCAUUGGCAUCUCUCUGCUGGUUAUCUUGCUGGUGCUCUCACUCAUUGGACUGUCCAUUGUUCUGCUGUCAAAAGAUGACAGUGGGAAACCCUUCGGUUCACAGUUGACACUGGACGACCUAUUCCAAAGAAACUUUCAAAUACAUGACCCUGAUGCGAAGUGGAUUAAUGGGGAAGAAAUCAUCUUUCAGAGCUGGGACGGAGAUGUUCUGAAAGUUUCCACACACGACAAUGAAACAGACCUCCUGCUGAAAAACUCAACAUUUGCGACUUUUAAGGCAUCAAAGUUUGCAGUUUCUCCAGAUCUGAACUUUGUUCUUCUGGGAUAUGAUGUCAAGCAGGUCUACCAGCACUCUUUCUUAGCAUCGUACCUGAUCUACAACCUGUAUACAAGAGAGGUCCGGGAGCUGAAUCCUCCAGAGGUGUCGGACUCUGUCCUCCAGUUCGCCUCGUGGGGUGUUCAUGGUCAGCAGCUGAUAUAUAUAUUUGAAAACAACAUCUACUACCAAACAGAUGUUCAGAGCAGCUCGUGGAGACUCACGUCCUCUGGACAGGACGGGAUCGUCUUCAAUGGCAUCGCAGACUGGCUGUAUGAGGAGGAGGUGUUACACACUCAGGUGGCCCACUGGUGGUCACCUGAUGGAUCCAGACUGGCCUACUUGACGGUCAACGACUCCCUGGUCCCUAACAUGCUGCUGCCUCGCUUCACAGGAUCUCUCUAUCCCAGAGGGAAGGAGUACCCUUACCCAAAGAUGGGUCAGAUCAAUCCCACCGUCAGACUCUGUGUGGUCACUCUAGAUGGCAGCUCCCUAACAACUGAGCUCAGACCUCCCGACAGUUUUGAAAAGAGUGAGUACUACAUCACCAUGGUGAAAUGGGUGACGGAGGUGAGGCUGAGUGUGCGCUGGGUGAACCGAGCUCAAAACAUGUCCAUUCUCUCACUGUGUGAUGUCAUCACAGGUGACUGCACAAAGAAACAUGUGAUGACAUCAGAGAAGUGGCUUGAUCGUCAGAACGAGGAGCCAGUAUUUUCCAGAGAUUGCACAACACUCUUCAUCACUAUGCCCUUAAAACACGGCGGCCGCGGGACAUUCAACCAUAUCACCAUGAUCUCCAACCAAUCUGAGGGUCAAGAGGGCAGCAUGCGCCACCUGACCUCAGGAAGCUGGGAAGUCUCUCAGAUUCUGGCCUAUGAUGAGACCACCAACUCAGUUUAUUUCCUAAGCACAGAGGAAGGCUCAACGCAGCGGCAAUUGUACAGGGUCUCCACUGUGGAUCCAUUUCAGAAAGAAUGCCUCACGUGCUCCCUCUUCAAAUCAAAGUGCACCUACUACGACGCCAUCCUCAGCCCUAACUACCAACAUGUGCUUCUCAGCUGCAGAGGUCCAGGAAUACCCCAGUCUACUCUUCACAAACUAAAUGAUAUGAACAAGCACAAGACGUUUGAAGGGAACACAGUAUUAAAACAUGUACUGAUGAACAGGACGAUACCCAAGUGGGAAAGACGAACUGUACAAAUCAACAACCUUGGACUUCCUCUAGAGUUGAUUGUCCCCAUAGAUUUGGAUGAAACAAAGGCGUACCCACUUUUAUUGGUUCUUGACAGCGCGCCUGGUGGUCAGGCAGUGAGCGACCGCUUCUCUCUCAGCUGGGACUCUGUCUUGGUGAGCUCAGACGGCGUCAUCGUGGCUCGACUGGACGGUCGGGGCAGCGGCUUCCAGGGCCAGAGGAUCCUGCACGAGGUUCAUCAGAGACUGGGAAGUGUCGAUGUCCAGGACCAAAUCUCAGUUCUGCAGCACCUGGUGAGGCUGCCGUAUAUCGAUGGCACCAGAGUUGGCGUUUAUGGAAAGGCGUACGGAGGCUUCCUGUCCUCGCUCCUGCUCCUUUCCCACAGCUCCAUGUUCAAAUGUGGCAUCGCUGUGGCUCCUAUAACAAACUGGAGACUCUAUGGGUCAGCCUUCACUGAGAAAUACUUUGGCUCUCCGGUGAAAGAGGAUCACAAAUACAAAAUUUCCACUCUGCUCAGUAACAUCACAGCACUGAGUCCACUGAACUUCCUUAUUAUCCAUGGCACAGCAGAUGCCACUGUUCAUUUCCAACAUUCUGCUGAGUUGGUCAAACUGCUGUCUGCGUCCAAUGUUAACUACACUCUCCAGAUUUUCCCAGAUGAAGGACACAACAUUGUUUCUGUCAAGAGCCGACACUACAUGCUAAACUCAGUGCUCACCUUCUUCAGGCACUGCUUUAAGGAGGACGAGGUCUUUGUCCCGCAGACAUCUGAGGAAGAUGACUAGCCCAUAGAAGCUCCUGACGGGGAGGAGAGACAGUUUUAUGAGGAGUAACUGCUGUGAUGAGCCAGCUAUGAGAGCGCUGCUAUCUGUGAAAGCACUUCCAACAGCAUCACUGAAAACCUUCUGACCCACAGUGUGGACGAUCAGUAGCAUUAUAUUUGGAUUACAGGGUCAUGCAGAUGAAAUUAUGUAAUGGAAGUUGCUGUAAUAUAAUGCUUCAGAUUCUACUUAUUGUUUGUAAGAUUUGUAUCAGAGUGCAAAUGUCAGGGUAUCAAAGAAACUUGUAUUUUUCGAGUAUAGUUUUUGCUGACUACUUCUAAUCUACUGUGACUAUUUCUAUGUACUGCAAACAAAACUUUACUUAUUAUUAAUAUUCGAGAGAUCAUAUCACAAAACAGUUGCAGGUGCCUUUACCUCAUUACAGUCGUCAUUAUUUUCUAACCUUAGAGCCAACACAGGUCACAGACUCACCAUAGUAUCUGAUUAGAUAAUGAAGAUUGAAUACUGUGCAGCCCUGAGGAUCACCAGAGCGUCUGCACCUUCACCAGUGGUCCACCGACUCCUCAGCUUGCCCGACUAAAUAAAAAACAAUAACCAUAUGGUGGUUUUAACCACAUUCAGGGAAGGAGAACCGUUAUGUGAAGCUUUAGCCGUUUUUGGACUGGAUUUAUGUCUCAAGGGGAGGUGGGGUGAUUUUCACAUCACCUGCCGUCUGGAGCAUAUGUGUGUUUUUCUCUGAAUUUGCUGGUUCCCCUUGUUGCGGUCCCAUGUUCUGUAUUUUCCUUUUUCAUCAGCUCAGUGUGAAAAUGUUUUUUCUAUAGUCUGACAGCCUGAAACAUCCUUACGCCAAUAUAUAGACCUGUAUGAUGAUAGAAAAAACUUAAACCCUCAAACAGGCUGUUGUAAUGUCACAUACAGAUAGGUACAGGUAUUCUUUAUACCAUAUAUUUUGGCAACCUUAAAACUAUGCUGAAUUAGCUCUUAGCAGUUCUUAGUUGCAACGUCACCAUGGAUGUACAAACAACUCUCACUGGAUGACUUUGAUACUGCAGAAAAAGUAAAAACCUGAUGGCAAGUUCUGAAGCAUCUUUUUCCAUUGAUUGUUAAAUGGAUCACAGAAAUCAGAGGUAAUGAUAAUGAUAUGAUCGGGAAGUGUGAGUCCCAAUGAAUGAUAUCAAUAUUUGAGUCUCCAAUCACAGGCCGCAUCCUUUGAAGGCUGCAUUUAAAGACCCAUUUCAAAGGUUGCUUUAAGAUCGACCAAAGAAAUGAAUCCUUCCUUUCUCGGGCAAUGAAGAAUCCAAUGGGUGGAUUUUUCAUAGCCCAACCUAUCCCAAGAUUCAUUGCGUGCCAGUGAUAAAUCACUUUUCAAAAAGAGAAUAAGGCAGACUCCAUUGUAACAGCAGCUGAGGAUAAAUAGGAAAUCCUCUGCAGACCACACCAUUUCAUUUUGGUUCUGCCUUCAUGGUCUAUGCCGUCUUCAGAGGCCACAACUUUGUCCUCCAAAGGAUGCGGCCACUGAAUUGGGACACACUUAGAACUCCAAGAAGAACUGAUGUGAUUUUUGUCUCAGAUUCACUGCAUGCAGCAUCUUUGUCAUGUCAUUCCCGUUGGGCUUUCAAUUUGUUGUUGUUGUGUCUUGUUCUUCCUUUGUCUUUUUGUGAUUUAGAUUUUUAGCUGUAUCAUUGCAGUUACCUUAUUUGGGCUUACUUAAGUAACACACAUGCUGGAUUUACUAAAAUGUGUCAUAUUAUAGAAUAUUGGAUUUUAUAGGCAUCAGAAAAAGGUAUUAUAAAAUUUUCAGAUGUCUUUUAUCUAUACUUUGAAGAGACUACAUCUAUAACUAUUAUAUAAUAGCCUACAAAAUUCAUGUUAAAUCCUCUUAAAGAUGAAUCCAUUCUUUGCAAUUUGUUCUUUUGAGUGUUUAUGACCAGCUGGACAUGUCAAAUGUGUCAUUUAAUAUCCCAAAAUGUGAAAAGGGGUUUCAAAUAGGGAACAAAAUGGAGAAACCUAACUUGUAAUAAUACACCUGUUAUACCACACAUCAUCAUAUCUUUCCUCGAAUAACAGCAAACUGACCACAGAUCAUUCUCUGACCAUGAUCCUGUGCCGCUUACACUUCUGCACUUGCUUGAUUCUGACAAAACUGCAUGGUGUUUGUAAAGUUGGGAUAAUUUAUAAGCUGAAAUAAAUGGUUAAACUAGA